CGGCGAGCCAGUGAGCAGCAGGUAAACAAACCUAUCUGACUGGGACUGCGAGCCAAACAAAGCGUAUGCGCUUGUUUGACCGUGUUGCAUUUUCAACGGCGAGCAAGAUGACAGUCGAAAAAAAGAUGAAACUAAUGUCACUAAUUCUUUAAAAAUAAUCGCUCAGUUGUUAUUCACAACAGAGAGGCGAGUCGACGGUGAAGAGAAGGACGAGUUCAACCUGCCGCGGAGAAACGACUGUCGACAUCUGCGCAUGAUGCAUUGCAGCACUUUUGGGAAAAUGGGUGUUUUUAGCCUCAUUCUCAGAAUAGAGUAUCUGAUCCGAGAUGUCGGUUGGGUUCUUUAGCUACCGUAUAAUUUAAUUGUGCUGGACUCGGAAACAACAUCCCCCCUGGCGACCUGCAACAUGGGGCCCAUCAUGCAGGAACGCACAGCAUCCACGACACUGAAACGCGUAGUCUCCAAAGAGAAGAUUCGGGUAAAAAAUACUGAAAAUAGCGGACCAGUAACCAGUUCAAAGAAGGGUAACAAGAUGAAGAAAGCAGUGGGCCAAGUGAAAAAUGGCCCCCCAGGACCAGGUCAGGAUAAGGACACAGUGACAACAGCGCAGAGGGGUGCACAGUCUAAAGGUGGCAGGGUCAAGUCAACUUCACGAAAUACAAGCAAACUCUCCAGCCCCGAAGAAGAUGGAGAUUUGAGACCUCAACUCCGCAAACACUUGUCUGUGCACAGGAGAGAGGAGAAACGCGAAAAUCAACGGAUGUCACAAUGCAGCAAUGAGCUCCCCCAGAAUCGCCUGGGGGCGGGGAAGAAUCGUCGAGCCCUAUCCCUGCCUCUCUCCCCAAUAUCAGGGCUACGACACAUGCCAGCACACCCGCUAACACACUCCCCAGCCCCCACCUCGGAGGCACUACAGCAGCACUACAACCAGAAGGAUGUUGACACUGACAGUGCCAGUGAUCUGUCAGACUCUGAGAGGCUGCCUGUACUGCCCUCUCCCUGCACCCCCUGCACCCCUCCUCACCUCAAUCUCCGGGCCGAGGUCAUCAACAGCAAUGACUUUCCCCCGGACUUCCCAGGACCUCGUGGGACUGUAGGUGAUGAAGAUGAGAGUGACAAACCCAGCUACAGUUACCCAGACUUUCUUCCACCUCCCUUCAACAGCUGGAGCCUGAGACAGCUGGCAGUGUUUCUUCAUACAGACGGCCGUGGCGCCCCUCGGCCCAAGCCUGUAGGGCCCUUAGAGAAUUACCUGGAGAGGCUGCUGCAGCUCGAGUGGCUCCAGAUCCAAACAGUCCAAGGAGAGAGCAGCCGUCCACCAGGGAGCCGUUCAAGGCCACAGGGAUUCCCCUCUGCCACUACCGCUCACCCACCACGACCUCACACCGCGCCCCCAUCCCGACUCAACUCCCCUAAAGGGCUGCGGCACAGCCAGCGAGCCUUUCCAUUCACACCUGUCAACAAUCCCCCGUCACCUGCUUCAACCCAGCACCAGCACUCCCGCUUCCCAGUUUGCCCUCACUGUCACAUUCGCUACCCAUUGUGCAAUGGAAGCUGCUCUGCCUAUGCCUACCAACGCCACUCACGGCUCAGCCCGCUGCUUGAGCGCAAACCCAGACCUGGGGCACCAACGAAGAGAAGCAACAGCGAGACCCGAGCUACCUCCACAGAAGGUAGGAGCCCAGCAGGACAAGGCAGUGGAGGAGGAGCCCAGACCCCAGUUAGCCCCUCAGCUGGAAAGAGUCAUCUCAGGCACAUGCAGGCUGCAGGCAAUGCCCGUAAGCAACCGCAGGAAUCUGGAUGUAACCCAAAUGGCAAAGGUCAGGUGAGGAAAAGCCGUGUCAGAGCUAACUCUGAGACAGAUGUUAAAAAGGAGCCCAGUGGCAGUAAAGCUGCUGGUGCAGAGAAACGUGUCUUUGCUGCGAAUAAGAGAGAGGCCCUCACCUCCAAGAGAGUAGAGAAGGACUGGCAGAGGACAGAGGCAGUAGGUCAAGCCUCUAAAACUACCAUGAAAAGAGCCGCUAAAGAGCCGCAGUCUCUCUCCAAAGCACCACUUAGUAGUAAGCAGAAUGGCAAAACAAAAAAUGUGCACUUUGUUGCAAAGUAACCCCCGUAGACCUACAAUAUAGUGCUUUCCUUAGUGGUUACUCGGUACAGGAGCUUGAACCUAUGCUUGCUUUCUGUGUAAUCUGUGUAAUACUAACAUGUUGUAACUGUUGUACAGCAGUCUACAGUAAAUCAGUCAGUGGCGUACAGCCUUCAAAAGGUCAAAACUAACAAGAAGUUGAGCAGCUAGAAUAGAAAUAAAACUGCAACGAUUUCCAAGCAUAAUAAGACACUUAAAUCUAAUAGACUUAUAUCUACAUGUUGUAUUUCAUUCAAGAUGUACAGUAAAUAUGUUGAACUGACAGAAGGUUCAUUAUGACCCUAAACACUAGUAGAAUUCUAAAAACACAGCUUUGGUGUAAACUGAACUCUGCUGCACUGCACAGCCAUCUCUCAGUGUUCUACUAAUGUUUAAAUAGGCAUAAAAUAAGCAUCCACUGUACCACUGGACAGCUUUCAGCAUAAGUAAUCCAUAGUGAAGUUUAACACAGAACAAUACAUUUUAGUCAGUGUAUACAACCAUAGCCGUUACUAGUGGAGUUUGAUGUUGGAAUGUAUUUGUUUUCAUCGCUCUUCCUUUACUCGAUGUUUGCUUUUUGUCUUUUCUUUGGUGCCUCAUGUUUUAAGAUGUACGUUCAGUUGAAGCAUCUUUGGGCGAAAUGAAGGAGGCGCAAUAAGUGGUGGUGUGCCGCAGUAAUGUAAUUUGUUUCAAGAUAUAUUUGUGCAGUGGUAUUACAUUUUUGGUUACAAGGGCUUUCACGUUUGAACAGCUUGAAUUGUAGUCGAUGAUAAUAUAUUGUAUUUUGCCUAGAGCUGAGCUCUUUCUAUCAUUGAAGACAGUGUAAUGUUUGCUACGAAUGUAAAUGCAUAUUUUUCCAAAUUUUAUAUACCAUAGUUAUAUUUAUGAAAAGUGUUGUGGUUGACUUGUAUUCAUCAUUGUCAUUAUUAUGUUUACAUCAUCAUGCACAAAAAGAAAAUGUUUAGUCAGCUGAAUGUAGCUUAAUGUCUACUGUGCUGUACCAUUGGUCAUUCCUGUGGUUCAAUGGACUUUCAACACAUCAUAGCUGUUCGGCUGUAACGGUAAUGUUAUACAUAUCAUCAUAUUCCACACAUACUUGAAUUCUUUAGAACACCGUGUUUACAUUAGAUUGUCUUAUGUGUUUGUUGUGAUUCAUCACGCGUGCUUGAUUCAUGCAAACACUACAUCAAUGUAAAUAAUGUGAUAUGUAUUCAGAUUGCACCUCUUUACUUAAUAUUCAUGAAAAAUAUCAAAGCCAUAGAUAAGGGGCCAGGAGGGGGCGGUGUUAUUAUAAAUGUGUACAUGAUGUUGACACGCACGCAGAAAGAUUGUCCUAUGUAUUUUCUUUAUGUUGAAUGCAAGUAUUUGUAACGCAUAGAAAUAAAUGUUUUGCACUCAAA